AUGAGGUUUCUGAUCUUAUCAUGUCUGCUGCUGAGUAUUGAUAUCAGGCUGGUGAAUGGUACCAACUUGUGUUCUGGAAGAGUGGAGGUUCUUCAUAAUGCAGUUUGGGGAACUGUGUGUGAUGAUGGUUGGGAUCUCUCAGAUGCUGCAGUGGUGUGUCGACAGCUGGGCUGUGGUGCUGUUAUAGAGGCAAAGAGCAGUGCUUAUUUUGGACAAGCUACACCAGUGAUAUUGAACACGUCCAUCUCAGGAUUCAAAGAUAUCAGGCUGAUGAAUGGUGGCAGCGUGUGUUCUGGAAGAGUGGAGGUUCUUCAUAAUGGAGUUUGGGGAACUGUGUGUGAUGAUGGUUGGGAUCUCUCAGAUGCUGCAGUGGUGUGUCGACAGCUGGGCUGUGGUGCUGUUAUAGAGGCAAAGAGCAGUGCUUAUUUUGGAGAAGGUUCAGGUCAAAUAUGGUUGGAUGAUGUAGCGUGUAGAGGGAAUGAAACUACACUGAGAAACUGUUCAGCACUACCAUUGGGAUCACACAACUGUGGACACUAUGAAGAUGCGGGAGUCAUCUGCCAAUUUGGCUGGACACAACCAACUGCAGCACCGAGUACAGCUACACCAGUGAUAUUGAACACGUCCAUCUCAGGAUUCAAAGAUAUCAGGCUGGUGAAUGGAGGCAGCGUGUGUUCAGGAAGAGUGGAGGUUCUUCAUAAUGGAGUUUGGGGAACUGUGUGUGAUGAUGGUUGGGAUCUCUCAGAUGCUGCAGUGGUGUGUCGACAGCUGGGCUGUGGUGCUGUUAUAGAGGCAAAGAGCAGUGCUUAUUUUGGAGAAGGUUCAGGUCAAAUAUGGUUGGAUGAUGUAGCGUGUAGAGGGAAUGAAACUACACUGAGAAACUGUUCAGCACUACCAUUGGGAUCACACAACUGUGGACACAAUGAAGAUGCGGGAGUCAUCUGCCAAUUUGUCUGGACACAAACAACUGUAGCACCGAGUACAGUUGUGAGAGACCCAUGCUCAGAACUCAACUGUACUCAAGAUGAGUGGUGUGGAGAAAAUAUUGGUGUUUAUGGCUGUUUCUGUAACAACAACAACAACAACAACAACAACAACAGCCAUCUCCUAUCCGGCUCUGACACCUUUGAUAUCUAUGAGACGUGUGAAAGCAGCUCCGGGUUCAUGUCUCUGUCUCGCUGUCAGCUCUUUGAAGCUGGUUUUUCUGCUGAUGUUUUACACCUGAAUGACCCCAGCUGUAGAGGAACAGUCCAGAAUGGCAGAGUAGAGUUCAGAUUUGACAACGAUGACCACAUCUGUGGAACAAAGCUUGUGGCCAAUGGCACUCACUUUAUCUAUGAAAACUUUAUUCUCAGUGAUCCAGACUUAACUGGUCUGGAUUUUCCCAUCAGCAGAAAGAGAUUUCUGAAGUUGCGUUUUAGCUGUAUUUAUCACCAAACCCAAGCGCUCUCCAUGGACAUCCACCCUCUCGGGAGCAUUGUGAACAGAAACCUUCAAGGUCUGGGGACAUAUCAGAUCAGGAUGAUUCCAUAUCGGGACGCCGUGUUCUCUGACCCGUUCACUGGCAGUGUGGAUGUGGAGCUGAAUGAUCCGAUUUUUGUAGAAGUGCAUGUUGAUGGAGUUGACGAUCGUCAGUUUGCUUCAGUGAUUGACACAUGUUGGGCUACACCUGUAAAUGAUCCUCAGUCCUCUUUCCGCUGGGAUCUCAUCGUUGAUGAAUGUCCAAAUCCAAAUGACGACACAGUGGAGCUUCUUCAGAACGGCGUCUCCACAUCCAGUCGUUUUUCUUUUAGGACGUUCACGUUCACGGCAGACUCCACUAAGGUUUACCUGCACUGCAAAAUUCACCUUUGUCUCCUGACCAACAAUACCUGCUCAUCUCAAUGUUACCCUGGACGUCACCUGAGAGUGGGCAGAUCUCUGGACUUUCACGACACUGCCUCUAUAUCUAUGGGUCCACUGGUCUGGUCUAAAGGAAACUAUAUCAGGCUGGUGAAUGGUACCAACUUGUGUUCUGGAAGAGUGGAGGUUCUUCAUAAUGCAGUUUGGGGAACUGUGUGUGAUGAUGCUUGGGAUCUAUCAGAUGCUGCAGUGGUGUGUCGACAGCUGGGCUGUGGUGCUGUUAUAGAGGCAAAGAGCAGUGCUUAUUUUGGACAAGCGUCAUCAUGGGGAACACACAACUGUGGACACCAUGAAGAUGCUGGAGUCAUCUGCCAAUUUGGCUGGACACAACCAACUGCAGCACCGAGUACAGCUACACCAGUGAUAUUGAACACGUCCAUCUCAGGAUUCAAAGAUAUCAGGCUGAUGAAUGGUGGCAGCGUGUGUUCUGGAAGAGUGGAGGUUCUUCAUAAUGGAGUUUGGGGAACUGUGUGUGAUGAUGGUUGGGAUCUCUCAGAUGCUGCAGUGGUGUGUCGACAGCUGGGCUGUGGUGCUGUUAUAGAGGCAAAGAGCAGUGCUUAUUUUGGAGAAGGUUCAGGUCAAAUAUGGUUGGAUGAUGUAGCGUGUAGAGGGAAUGAAACUACACUGAGAAACUGUUCAGCACUACCAUUGGGAUCACACAACUGUGGACACUAUGAAGAUGCGGGAGUCAUCUGCCAAUUUGGCUGGACACAACCAACUGCAGCACCGAGUACAGCUACACCAGUGAUAUUGAACACGUCCAUCUCAGGAUUCAAAGAUAUCAGGCUAUGCGGAGUCAUCUGCCAAUUUGGCUGGACACAACCAACUGCAGCACCGAGUACAGCUACACCAGUGAUAUUGAACACGUCCAUCUCAGGAUUCAAAGAUAUCAGGCUGAUGAAUGGUGGCAGCGUGUGUUCUGGAAGAGUGGAGGUUCUUCAUAAUGGAGUUUGGGGAACUGUGUGUGAUGAUGGUUGGGAUCUCUCAGAUGCUGCAGUGGUGUGUCGACAGCUGGGCUGUGGUGCUGUUAUAGAGGCAAAGAGCAGUGCUUAUUUUGGAGAAGGUUCAGGUCAAAUAUGGUUGGAUGAUGUAGCGUGUAGAGGGAAUGAAACUACACUGAGAAACUGUUCAGCACUACCAUUGGGAUCACACAACUGUGGACACAAUGAAGAUGCGGGAGUCAUCUGCCAAUUUGUCUGGACACAAACAACUGCUGCACCGAGUACAGAGAUACAUGGAUUCCAGAACAAGUUAAGGAGUCUAGUGUCAUGGUUACUUAAUGUUAUUGCCUGUUUUGUUCGUUCAAGUGCCCACAUCUAGAUAUCUACAAAUGAUUAAAAAAUGAUAAAAUGAUAAAAAAAUAUUUUUACAUUAGUUUCCACACUACACUGAUAACUGGCAUUGAACUUUAGAAAUGUUCAAUGUGAUUGUAAUGGUAUACUGUAAUUCUUAUGCUGUGGUGAUUACAUUUGAUUUUUGUUUCCGACUUUUUCAUUAAUUCAUUAAUAAUAAAAAAGUUUCAUAUUGUGAUGUAUUUGAAUGUCAUCUUUUUGUAAAACGUUUGUUUGAGUCGAGGAGCCUGCCCCCUCACAAUUUAUGUUAUAAUUUGCUGUGUGAGAGGGACGCUAGAAGAAUUGUCACGUUGUCUCAAGGGCUUUAUCACUGUAGUUAUGAGCUUUUGUAUGAAAAUUGCAAGUGCACAUUUUUAGAAAAACAUAUUACACAUUGCAAAAGUAAUAAAAUGGCAGUUCUGAAAUAUGAAAGUGUCAUAAUUUGAGCAGUCUUACAUUAAACUAUUGUCCUCAUCAUCCUGUACUGUAUGUGUGCAUCAAAACUCUUGCCCUGCACUAUAAAGUAAAACAU